AUGCUCCGCAUCGCCAAGAACCUCGUGAAGACCUUCGAGCAGUCCGUCCAGGACAUGGGCCUUGACCGGUCGCUGGACGUGUACUUCCAGUCGAUCCCGCCGCAGCUGCUGGAGCCGGGCCGCGACACAACGGCCACGGUGCACGGUCUCCGCGUGCUACGCGUGGCCGAAAGCCAGCUGCAGCUGUGUUCAUUCUUCGACUACAUUGUAGGCAUCGACGGCGAGCCGCUCCCGACGGCCGCUAACCAGCACGGCUUCCUGCAUCCGGACUACCAGCGCAUUUUCGCGCAGCUGAACGCGCGCAGCGGCGGCAGCGUGCAGCUGAACGUAUGGUCCGCGAAGGGCGGCAUGUACCGCGACGAGUACUUGCAGCUGCAACCCAAGAGCGCCGUGGAGGACGUGCCGCUCGAGCCCGAGGCCUCGCAGCCCGCUCACUGCGUCUUCGAGCCGCUGGGCUUCUCCGUGCAGUGGACGCCGUUGCUCUCCGCCACCUACACAUACCACGUGCUCAACAUCAACAUGCCCGGCGGGCCCGCCGCCGCCAGUGGCAUCGUCCCGCAGGACGACUACAUCGUGGGCUGCCAGGAGGGCUUGCUGGCCACCGGCGGCGAGACCAUCCUCCCAGACAUCGUGCGCGCCCGCGCCGGCCGCGACCUCGAGCUCUACGUCUACAACAGCCCCACGGACACCCUUCGCCCCGUGACUGUCCACAUCGGCCCGGACGGUCGCUUGGGCUGCGGCGUCGGCUACGGCUUCCUGCACCGCGUCCCUGCGCCCGCCCUCCGCGCCAGCACCGACGCCUUUGUGCCAGCCGCGGCCCUCGCCCACCCCGCAGAACCCGCACACAGCGAACCCGCACAUGUCCCGCCCGCCGACAUGCCGCUCCCGCUGCCAGCACCCCGCAAGAAACGCCAUCCAGCCCACUCGGGCGCCGCGGCAGCGAUGCAAGACUACUUCCAGGAGGGCAAGGACGCUAGUCCGCGAAUCACACCUGCGGCCACGCCUGUCCCGCCCCCGCAGUCUUCUCGCUAG